CCUUUGCAGCGUUGUAUAAGGGUUUCCAUGGCAACUGAGCCGAGGCGCGCAUGUCGCUUGUUCUCUAUGGUAUUUCCAAUGGUUCGGUCAGGGCGCCGCACUGUCCCACUCAUACCCCGCCAUGAAUUACACGGCUGCGGGGCAGUUUGUUGGUGAAAUGCUGUGGAAGCGUUUUGUGUGGCAGUGCGGUGUUUUGUCCCGGACGGCGGCCCGUAGCUGAAGCCGGAAGUGCUGUGUGAGGCACACGUGACCAGACCCAGACAGCUGGAGGAGGCAAGACAUGGCGGCCUAGCUGGAGGUGAUCACGUGAGAGGACCAUCAUCAGUUUCCAGGUGGGAUAUCCGGGAUGGCUGCGAUACCUGUGGGAAUACUACGCGGAUGCUCGUCCUUCCAUAGAUGGGUAUACAGACCCGGCACUUAUGUGUACAGCACCUGGCCUGGCUGCGUUCACACAAACCACAAGAAGAACGUACUGGAUCCCAGAUGGCCUCACACACACCGUUUCUAUACCCCCCUCCUGAAUACUGGGUGUCCUUCCAGGUCUCAGAGCUCACCUCGGAAAACAGGCAACCAAGCUGCCACAAGGCAUCACUUUUCUGCUGCUUCUCUAGUUCAGUCAAUGCCAGAAAAUGUCCAGCCCUACCUGCGACUUGCGAGACUGGAUAAACCAAUAGGAACUUGGUUGCUGUACCUACCCUGCACCUGGAGCAUUGCCCUGGCAGCAGAUCCGGGGAGCCUGCCUGACCUCUCUAUGCUGGCGUUGUUUGGCACAGGAGCGAUAUUGAUGCGUGGUGCUGGGUGCACUAUUAAUGACAUGUGGGACAAAGAUUUUGACAGAAAGGUGGAGAGAACGGCAAGUCGUCCCAUUGCAGCGGGUGACAUCUCUCGGUUCCAGUCCUUGGUUUUCCUGGGCGGUCAGCUUAGCGUGGCUUUGUGUGUACUUUUGUGUCUAAAUAAUUAUAGCAUUGCUCUAGGAGCGUCUUCCUUGUUGCUGGUAGUUACCUAUCCACUAAUGAAGAGGAUCACCUACUGGCCCCAGCUUGUAUUAGGAAUGGCAUUUAACUGGGGAGCCUUGUUAGGCUGGUCUGCUAUUACAGGUUCAUGCGACUGGUCAGUGUGUCUUCCCUUGUAUGUCUCUGGAAUUCUAUGGACAUUGGUUUAUGAUACCAUAUAUGCACACCAGGAUAAAAAAGAUGAUCUGGUCAUUGGGGUCAAAUCCACAGCAUUGCGAUUCAAUGACCAGACGAAGCCGUGGCUAAGUGGAUUUAGUGUGGCGAUGCUUGCAGGACUUACACUGACAGGACUCAACUGUGACCAGACAUUUCCCUAUUAUGCCGCUGUAGCACUCAUUGGGGGACAUCUUGCUCAUCAGAUUUAUACCUUAGACAUAAACAAUGUAGAGGACUGCUGGAAAAAGUUUAGUGCCAAUCGCAACGUGGGCUUUUUACUUUUCUUUGGCAUUGUCUUCGGAAACUUGUGGAAGAGGAAAGACACCAGUGAAAUCAAAGAUGUAUCCAAUCAGAGCUCAUGAUGGACACAUGUCUGGCCGUGGUAUGAGCCUAUCAGAGAACCCAUCUCUACCAGCUGGAACCCAGGGGAACUGAUCACCCGCAUUACCUUACAGGACAUGUGUAUGUCCCCUAAAAAGCAGCGGAUCACUGUUGAACUCUGAACUCUAAAUGUUAUUUCAAAGAUUUAUAUUAAGUGGACAGACCUGUUCUUCAAGUCGGUAACCAAACAAUGUUUCGGACAUUAUGUUUCAAGUAGAAUUUCAGCCUAGACCCACUGCUUCCCACACUUAUUAUGCUGACCAUACAGACAUGGAGUGACUUUAUUUCCUGCAACCAUGGACAGAGUUGACAGGGGAAUCCCACCCGCCGAGCCAUGGUAGUCUCCCGACGGGCGGGCGGUCGGAGUCACAGUGGGGGAAGUGUGUGCCGGUUGCACCAUGCCUCCCAAAAAACAAAGUGAGCGAAGUCUAGUUCCGAGCUGCCACCGGGGACCCCCCCCCCCCCC